GUGCAGUUUAGGGGAGAAGAGUCUUGUGGUGACCGUGAGAUGAGCGGCCCUGGGAUAAGGUUCCAUUAUAUUGUCUGCGGGUCCCGGGGGCUGGAGGAGUGCAGAAAUUAGUAAAAUGUGGCAGAGUGUGGGAUUAACUUUUCUGGUCUUUGUAGCCACUCUAAUCUGUGUCCUGCUGUUCAUGUUGUGCGGGUGGUACGUGGUAUGGCAUCUCUUCCUGUCCAAAUUUAAAUUCCUACGAGAACUUGUCUGCGACAGUGGCUCUUUACAGGGAGAAGGGGAGUCCACAGAACCACUCGCAGAGCCUGAUGCUCCACCUACACCUCAGCGAUCAAGACCCAAGUCUGCACGACAAAGGAGAGCUUUAGGAGAAGAGGCGACCUAAAGCCAGUUGCAUUGCUUGGAAUUCAUCCUUGAAGAUAUCACACCCCAUAUUUUCAGCAUCUGCACUAGGAAUCAACACUAUAAUUUAAUGGAUGUACUGGCUGUGAGAAAAGGGGAUAGGGGAAUAGAAUGGAUACAUAGAUCUUACCAUGGCACUGCUUUUCUUGGACUUUAGAAAUCUAUUUGCUGUUUCUUCACUGGCUAGGAAGCAAUAAUUGCAUGGCAUCUGAAUGAAAAUGGAGCAAAAAUCAUCUUGUAAUCUGCGUCCAGUAGAGUCUGAAUUUAGUGGCUUCAGAAAAACAGCUAUCAUACUUUUAAACUCUGCUCAAAUGGGGAUGGGGGAAUUAUUCCCUUUCAUUCUAGAAAGCCUCUCUGACCAUAAACACAUAUGGUAAUUCAGAUCUUGGUGUGAGGUAACAUGCUAAAUUAGGCCAUACCAAGGCUCUGUUAUUGUAUACCAUCUAUGAAUUGACAUACUUGCCAUGGACUUCUUGUAUCUGCCUCCAGAAUGCCUUUUUCAAGGCAGCAGCCUUACCUCCUAAAUCAUUACACUUAUCACCAUCCUA